CCGUCGGCGCCUCAGCGCUCUCUGCAGCCAAGAGACUCCGGACUGGGACUUUGACAUUUUGGGAAUCACUCACAUUUUCACCGUGGGAUUUUAAUCUGAGUUUCUCGCGUUGAGAAGAUGACAGCUAGCGUGGAGAGAUUGAUCGUUUUGUUUCUCGGAUUUCUGACAUUGGUAACAACCGAAAGUCCCAGCCCUAACGCUGGCAGGAAGAAAAGAGGAAAGCACUGUGACAAAGAACUGAACCAGGCUUCAAAUCAUAAAUGUUGCAUAGAAGUUGCUUUCAUCUUGGACAGUUCUGAAAGUGCCAAAAAUCUUUUUGAUAAAGAGAAACAAUUUGUAAUUGACUUCACUGAAAAAGCUCUGCAGUCUAAGCAGAUAGAGAAACACGAUCUCAAAUGGAGAAUGGCUGUUCUGUCAUAUAGCAGCUACGUCAAAAAGGACCACACUUUCCAGGACUGGAAAAAUUUUAAUAAUUUCAAGAGUCGUGUACAAUCCAUUAAUUACAUCGGCCAGGGCACAUAUACUUCCUAUGCUAUUGGAAAUGCUACUCUGCUCUUCCAGACUGAGACAAAGCAGGACAGUGUGAAGAUAGCCAUUUUAAUGACUGAUGGGGUGAAUCAUCCCCACAAUCCAAACCUUCAAGAAGCUGUAGCCAAUAUUAGGAAAUAUGGCAUUUUCCUCUUUGCUAUUGGACCUCCACAUGUUACUGCAGGAUUGUCUACUGUGUCAAGCAUUCCAUCAUCGCAAUUUGUCCACAGCAUAAAUGACUCCAAUCUCACAGCUAAUAUUCUUGAUGAAAUGCUCAAAGUUGCCAAUCAAUCAUGCUCUAAACCUAAGCCAUGCAGCUGUGAAAAGGGGGAGAAAGGAGAGUCUGGAGCUCCUGGGAGAAGAGGAGAUCGAGGUAAAGAUGGAAGCCCUGGUGCAAAAGGCGCACAGGGACAACGUGGAUUAAAGGGAGAGCCUGGAAGUUCAGGUGAAAAGGGCAAAGCUGGGUUCAAAGGAUACAAGGGUGAAAAAGGUGAAUGUGGGAUCCCAGGAACAAAAGGUGACCAUGGUCCUGAAGGACCACCAGGUCCAAGUGGAGAAAGAGGAGUGAUGGGACCACCUGGACUGAUUGGCGAGCAGGGCACUGAGGGAAUCCAAGGUCCAAAGGGUGACCGCGGCCUCACUGGUUUACGUGGACCAAUAGGAGACCCUGGGAUUGGAUACCCUGGCCCAAAGGGUGAAAAAGGUUCACAAGGAAGAUCUGGUCCCUCUGGACCUCCUGGGAUUGGAGAACCUGGAAUACCUGGUGCCAGGGGAGACCAUGGUGUAAAGGGUGAAAAAGGACAACCAGGGCAAGGUGCUCCUGGUCCAAAGGGCCACACAGGCUACACAGGUCCUAAAGGCUCGCGUGGACCGACUGGAAUUGGGAUUAAAGGUAUCAAGGGUGAUAUUGGACCUCCGGGACCACAAGGACUUAGAGGCAUGACAGGAAUUGGUUUGCAAGGUGAAAAGGGGGAACAAGGUCCCUCAGGACCACCUGGACCAAGAGGUUCAAUAGGAGAGGGUAUACCUGGUGCAAAGGGAGACCAAGGAUUUCCAGGAGAAAGGGGCCCAAUAGGAUUAGGAAAAAAAGGAUCUCCAGGUCCUAAAGGUGAUCCAGGAAUACCAGGAGCAGCAGGAAAUCCUGGAAUCCCUGGUGACGCUGGACCAAAGGGAACAAAGGGGGAUCAGGGAGUUUCAGGGUUACCUGGUACACCGGGAUUUGGCAUUAAAGGAGAUCCAGGAAAACCGGGUGAGCCCGGUCAAAGGGGACCCAACGGCUUUAUUGGACAUCCUGGAUCAACUGGACCAGCUGGUGCUAAGGGAGAACCUGGGCUCCGUGGUGAGGUUGGUUUACCAGGGCCAGUGGGAAAAGGAUUUCCAGGAUCCAAGGGUGACCGAGGGUCACCAGGACCUCAAGGAUCCAUUGGUAACCCAGGAGUUGGAUUAAUAGGACCCAAGGGAUAUCGUGGAGCUACUGGAUUACCUGGACCAUCUGGGCCCAAAGGAGAAGGUUUCCCUGGUCCUCAGGGUGUGCAAGGACCGCCAGGCCCACGUGGUGACCCGGGGGAAGACGGCAAAGGACUUCCUGGAUCAAAGGGUGAUGUUGGCCCUCCAGGGCCAUCGGGGCCAAUUGGUGUUCCAGGAUUAGGAUAUACUGGUGCAAAGGGUGCUGUUGGGAGAAUGGGUUUGCCUGGACCAAAAGGAUCCCAAGGAGAGUCCAUACAAGGACCAAAGGGAGCUGUAGGAUCUCCAGGUUUGAUGGGCCCUAGAGGGCCAGCAGGAGAAGGUAUACCAGGACAAAAGGGAGAUCGUGGAUAUAAAGGCGAAAGAGGAAACAAAGGUGACAAAGGGGAUGAAGGGCUCUCUGGUUCUAAAGGCGAUCCUGGAAAGAACGGAGAGAAAGGUGAAGCAGGUCUCACGCGUGAAGAAAUAAUCGUUUUGAUCAGAUCAAUCUGUGGAUGUGGGAAGAAAUGCAAAGAAAAGCCUUUGGAACUGGUAUUUGUGAUUGACAGUUCUGAAAGUGUUGGGCCAGAAAACUUUGCUAUUGUUAAAGAGUUUGUCAAUGCCCUGAUAGAUCGAGUUAGCGGAAGCAGUGAAGCCACCCGGAUUGGUGUAAUACUUUACAGUCAUAAAGCACAAAUAAUUACUCACUUACAGCAAGGUGCGACUUUGGAAACUGUCAAGAGAACAAUUCAAAACAUGCCAUACUUAGGAGAAGGCACCUACACGGGUACAGCCAUGAAAAUGGCAAACCAGGUUUUCAAGUCAGCUCGAAAGGAUGUACACAAUGUGGCAAUAGUGAUAACCGAUGGGCAGACAGACAAAAGAGAUUUAAAGAAUCUAAAUGUGGCGGUGAUGGAAGCUCACGCAAUGGGCAUAGAGGUGUUUGUAAUUGGAAUUGUUAGUACCGAUGAUCCUUCAUACUCUGCCUUUAAGAGCGAAAUGAACCUAAUUGCAUCUGACCCUGAUACGGAACAUGUUUAUCUAAUUAAUGACUUUAGGACUCUUCCAAUACUUGAAAGUAAACUGUUCCGUAAAAUCUGUGUGCUUGAGAACAACACACUGUUCAGUUCAAUUCCUAGCUCCGUACUACCCCCUGGUGUGACACCAGCUUUUGAAGUAAAUCAUCAGACACCAGGCCGUGACAGCAUACACACCGAAGAAGAACAUGAAGUUAAAACAAUAGAACGUGGUCCUCCGGGAGGAAAUGGAAAUAAAAUAGAAUCACAUGGUGAGGAAGUAUUUACAAGGCCGUACGAAACACUUCCCCAGCCAGGUUUACCGAGUCCUGAUGUAGGAUCUGGAACUGAUGAUCAAGGAAUAAGGAGAGAGCCAAGUUCUUUUGAAGAUGAUACUGUAGUGUCAAAUGUCUUUCUCCCAGAAUCCACUUCAGCACAAAUACCGACAGAGGAAAUUCAUGGAGAUCAGGCCUGCAAUGAACCCCUUGAUCAAGGAUCAUGUAGGAGUUAUGUUAUUAAAUGGUAUUAUGAUACCACAGCUAAUUCCUGUGCACAAUUUUGGUAUGGAGGCUGUGAGGGGAAUAAUAACCGUUUUAACAGCCAAGAAGAAUGCCAGGCCAAAUGCUUACAAUUUAAAAAGAAGUGAAGACCAUUUUACAGGAUGGAGGGAUUAAUAUGGCUGAUGGCUAAUCUAACUGACAUUUUAAAAUUAUAAAGAACCCAAAAAGGCCUCUGCUGGGAGAAUUCAGAACAAGAGACCAUAAUCACAAAAUUAGACUGAGGCCAUUAAAGAGUGGAGAUAGAAAAAUAUUUCACAGAAAAUGUAGCGGAAAUCUGAAAUUCUCUCUACCAAAAGACUGUGAAUACUGGUUCAGUUGAAACUUUCAACAGUGACACUGACGGAUGUUUUCUGGAUAAGUAUACCAAGUGAUAUGGGUACAAAUGUGGGUGACUGGAACUAAGACACAGAUCAGACAUGAUGUAAUUGAAUGGUUGAACAGGCUCAAGGAGCUGAAUGGCUUUUCAAGUACUUAUGUCUUUAUGAAAAUUGGCAUGCUCCUGAAUCUUCGAUCAGUGAUCUGUUAUUUAAACUGAGUCCAUAAAUUCUUUUAAAAUAUUAUGAGAUAACUGAGUUAAAAAGAGAAAAUUAAAUAUUAACAGAAGUUAUGACAGGGUGAGAUUAGACCAGGUGGAAAGUUGAAGAGGAAAACACCUUUCAGACUUGAUGGACCAAAUGGACUGCUAUAAUUUUCAGUAAUUCAGUAAGGAUCACACUCAGGUAAUUUUAGGAGUUUAAUGGAUAAAUGGAAGGUAAUAUAGUUGGGGUGAUUCUGAGAUUGAAGCCUCCAUCCAAGCAAUAUUGUGAGCCACUGAAAAGUUCCUGUUUAAUAUGAACUCUACUUUUCGUGGACCGUCAAACACAGAACAAAAACAAUGGAUUAAAGAAACUGAGAUAUUUUGACAGGUCAAAAGUAACAAUCCAGUUGUCCAGAUGCCUUGAUGAUAAUAAGGUACAUAUUGUACUGCAAAUGUUCAAACCCAGAAGUCUUGCUGUUUUCUGACCCAGCUAAUCAUUGUAAUCCAAACUUACCACCAGAGGAGGUCCACAACUAGCUAGCUUUUUCCAAACUUUGAAUAUGGUUAAUAUACUGUAUAGGAAACUUGGCAAACAAAAUUGAAAUUCCUUGGAAGAUCUUACUGUAAGUAACAAUGAGAUAACAUUCUAGUAGAUGCAUUUUACCAAUUAUCUGUAUUUUCCCACUUUUGUUUUAAACAGUGUGCUCUGGCAGGUUUAGAAAUCAGCCAUGAUAUUUAGGUUUGUUGCACUCAUGCCAAAGAAGCUGUUUGCAUUAGCACAUUUCAUCAGCACAUUAGUGUUAUAAUUCAGUAAGUGAGAAAUGUUUUUCCUGUGUCUUUUAACAUUCAUCCUGAAUGAAAUUCUGUGCAAUUACCCUGCUAAGUAAAGAACACUAACACAAAAUUAUAUAUUAGUACAUAAGAUGUUAAAAUGCUGUUUUGGUCUUCUUGAAAAUUGCAAUUUGUUUUGUUCAAUGCUUUGUGGGAUAUAUUAGCCCAGAAAUUUGCUUUCUAAUAAGGAUUUCCUGCUGAAGUGCAAUCAUAGUACUAAAGAGUGAUUCACUUAUCAUUAAACUGUGGUAAUAGUGGGUAAAUCAACUUAAAUGCAAAUGUGUAUUCCCU